AUGGUGGGAGGCAGCAAGCCGCUGGGGGACAGCGUGUUCGCGGGCCACGCGGUCGCCGGUGCGGCGGCGAUAAGCGCCUCUGCCAUCGCCGUGUACCCCCUCGACACGCUGGGAGCGGCGGGGCAGAAGCAGAAGAUGGGGCUCCGGCAGGUGGUGGACCGGCUCAUGGCCGCUUCCGGCCCUGCAGGUUUUUACAGUGGCAUCGGAUGGUCCAUAAUGGGUAAACUUCCUGGGUUGGGAGCACGUUUUGGGACCUAUGAACUUUUAACAGCCUUCUAUAAAGAUGGAAGGGAGGACAACUAUGUCUAUUAUUCUGAGGCUAUGUUGGCUGGCAUAGCUGCUGGUGCUGUAGAGGCUGUUUUCUGCACACCAUUUGAACUUUUCAAACUUCGAAACCAAGUUAGUUCUGUGGUUCCUUCAAAAGCUAUGGGCCCUGCAAAUGUUGCUCAAGAAUCAUUUCCACUGCUUUCCAAACUGUUGCCAGGUUAUGUUCCUGAUCUAAGGGUGUGGAACAACACAGUGAGCCUUUUAUCUCAUCUUUCUCCCAAGCAUCCUGACAUGUUGGGUGCUCUGAAACAGCACCCAUGGAUGCUUACUGGCUCUGGGAAACCCCCAUUACCGUCUGAUGUGCACCUACCUUCUAGAGUGAUAUUGCUUGAAGGAUGGGGUGCUCUUUGGAGAGGGCUCAGAUCAGGGAUAGCUCGAGACUGUGCAUUUGGUGGCAUGUUCUUUUCUACUUGGCAAUUCCUACACACAGCGAUGCUCACCUGGAAGGCAGUAAAUAUGAGCCCUGAACCUAGGAAUCUAGAAGAAGCAGGCCCUGUACCCCCUUUUGCCUCUAGUUUUGCUGCAGGCUUCGCAGGAGCGGUAGCGGCUGCUGCUUCACAUACAUUUGAUACUGCCAAAAGUCGUUCAGAAUGUACUGUGGUGCCUAAGUAUAUCGCAAUGGAGAGGAAGUUUCUUAAGUGGAAAGCACCAGGAACGUGGAUAGAGAGGAAGACAGGAAUAUCCCCAGCUGAUAGGAAUGUCUUGUUCCGUGGCAUUGGCCUACGAAUGGCCCGUAGUGGAAUUGCAUCGUUUGUGUUAGUUGGGUCGUACUAUCUAGCUGUGAAUCACCUCUCGUAG